AUGGCUCCCUUCCUGACCUGGCUCUGGCACCACAGAAACUACUUCAUCAUCUUCCUCACUCCUCUGCUGCUGCUCCCCCUGCCCCUCGUCCAUCCCACCUCGGAAGCGAGAUGUGGCUACGCCAUCGCCCUCAUGGCGCUGUACUGGUGCACGGAGUGCAUGCCCCUGGCCGUGACGGCCCUGCUGCCGGUCGUCCUCUUCCCCAUGAUGGGCAUCAUGACGGCCGGGGAGGUCAGCAUCGAGUAUCUGAAGGACACCAACAUGCUGUUCGUCGGGGGACUGGUGGUGGCCAUCGCAGUGGAGCACUGGAACCUCCACAAACGCAUCGCCCUGCGAGUCCUGCUGCUGGUUGGUGUUCGCCCUGCGCUACUGAUGAUGGGCUUCAUGAUCGUCUCGUCCUUCCUGUCCAUGUGGAUCAGCAACACGGCCACCACGGCCAUGAUGCUGCCCAUCGCCCAGGCCGUGCUGCAGCAGCUCCGGGCCACGGAGCUCCGGGCGGAGGAGCGAGACCUCCGGGACGCCGGCGCCGACAACCACGGCUUCGAACUGGAGGUCACCGAGCGCAAGAGUGAAGACGCGCACCACCGAAAGCCAGACAUGCAAGUGCCGGACGAGGACCCCCCAGAGUAUGUGAUGGAGUACCAUACAAAUCCUACGGUGGAGGAGGUGAGGAGAACGAUCAAGGCAAAGUACGACCUGCUGACCAAAGGCAUGAGUCUGAGCGUGUGCUACUCUGCCAGCAUCGGCGGCACGGCGACCCUCACCGGCACCACGCCCAACAUCAUCAUGAAGGGCCAGCUCGACGAAAUCUUUCCUAAAAAUGGCGACACGAUCAACUUCGCCACCUGGUUCGGCUUCGCUUUCCCCAACAUGGUGCUCAUGCUGGUGCUCUCCUGGAUCUGGCUGCAGUUCAUGUUCCUGGGCUUCAACCUGAAGAAGAGCUUUGGCUGCGGCGUGAAGUCCGACAGAGAUAAGGAGGCGUACGCGGUGAUGAAGGAGGAGUACGCCAAGCUGGGCAGGAUCAAGUUUGCCGAGGUCGCCGUGCUGUUCAUCUUCAUCCUGCUGGUGAUCCUGUGGUUCACCAGGGAGCCGGGCUUCAUCGACGGCUGGGCCACGGUGCUCUUCAACCGGGGGCGCUCGUUUGUUUCAGACGGAACCGUCGCCAUAUUCAUGGCGCUGUUCUUCUUCGUCAUCCCGUCUCAGCUGCCCAAGUUCAACAACCACGGCUACGAGGAAAACGGGAAAAGGGUGGAGGCGCUGCCGCCGCUGCUCAACUGGCAGGUGGUCCAUGAGCGGAUGCCCUGGAACAUCGUCCUGCUGCUGGGGGGAGGCUACGCUCUGGCUAAAGGCAGCGAGGUGUCAAAACUUUCCACGUGGCUGGGAUCAAAGCUGACGCCCCUGCAGAGCAUCCCCCCCGCCGCCAUCUCCAUCCUGCUCUGCCUGCUGGUGGCGACGUUCACCGAGUGCUCCAGCAACACGGCCACCACCACCCUGUUCCUGCCCAUCCUGGCCUCCAUGGCCACGGCCAUUGAGCUCCACCCGCUGUACGUGAUGCUGCCCUGCACCAUCUCCGCCUCCCUGGCCUUCAUGCUGCCUGUGGCCACGCCGCCCAACGCCAUCGCCUUCUCCUACGGCGACCUCAAAGUCUUGGAUAUGGUGAAGGCCGGCUUCUUCCUGAACAUCAUCGGGAUCCUGACCACCAACCUGGCCAUCAACACCUGGGGAUUCUCCAUGUUUAAUAUGGGCACUUUCCCCCAGUGGGCGAACCUCACGGACACGAACUCAACGCGGCCUGAAUGA